GACAUUGCCGCGAUUGUUUUCAUGGUAGAUUGCACCAGAACGUUUCGCUUGUCUGUUACACCGUUAUACAUUAUUAUUUUCGAGAACAGGUGGGUACAAAUACGUAUCAUUUUGCGCUGCAUAUGAAGUUAGAGAUUACAGGACAAUUUGUGUAGGAUACAAUAUAUCGGUAGUCAACGUGUCGCGUCGGGACGACUGCAGUACAUUCAGAAGAGGGACUAGCAAGGAGUAUAGGUAUCAAGCAAUAAAGAUUGCUAACCAGCAACAUAGGGACGGAAAAUUAUGCUCUUCAUUCACAUACAGGUUUCCCGUCUGCGGAACAUUUGGAUUGAUAGUUGAUUGACCAUUUCAACCAUUCAAAAAUUAUUAGUGAAUUACAUUAGUGUUGUUAACCCUAUGCAACACGUUGCUGGCAAGCGAGACGUCACCGUGCCAUUAAUUGAUUAAAAGAAGACAUAUUUUCUUGGGAUGACAUCCCAGUGUGUCUCCCCAUCGUUACCUUGUUUAGUCUCCAGAGUUCCUGCUCUCUGUCAGGGGCCAGCCUGCUGAUUCCUCUCCGCCACCACGUCACGUCACGGGGGGCCGAUGCGGCGUUUCGUCUACUGUAAGGUGGUGCUGACCACCUCGCUUGUCUGGGUGCUGGUGGAUGUCUUCCUGCUUCUCUACUUCAGCGAAUGUAACAAAUGUGAUGAGAGGAAGGACCACUCACUGCUGCCUGCUCUCAGAGCAGUCAUGUCACGAGCCCACGAGGGCCCAGGGGAGAUGGGGAAGGCAGUGGUUAUUGCAAAGGACGAGCAGGAGAAAAUGAAGGAGCUCUUUAAGAUUAACCAGUUCAAUCUGAUGGCCAGCGACAUGAUUGCUCUCAACAGGAGUCUGCCGGACGUGAGACUGGACGGUUGCAAGACGAAGGUGUAUUCGGAUGAUCUCCCCAACACAAGUAUAGUGAUCGUGUUCCACAACGAGGCGUGGAGCACCCUGCUCCGCACUGUCCACAGUGUCAUCAACCGCUCGCCACGGCACCUGCUGCAGGAGAUCCUACUGGUGGACGACGCCAGUGAGAGAGACUUCUUGGGAAAGAAGUUAGAGAACUAUGCUCGGACCCUGGAGGUUUCUGUGCGGGUCCUGCGGAUGGAGCAGCGAACGGGGCUGAUCCGGGCCAGGCUGAGGGGGGCAGCUGCCACACGGGGACAGGUUAUCACCUUCCUGGACGCCCACUGUGAAUGCACCGUGGGCUGGCUGGAGCCUCUGCUGGCCAGGAUCAAAGAGGACCGGAGAUCUGUGGUGUGUCCUAUAAUCGAUGUGAUCAGCGACGAGACGUUUGAAUACAUGGCAGGCUCAGACAUGACCUACGGAGGAUUCAACUGGAAGCUGAAUUUCCGUUGGUACCCCGUGCCUCAGAGAGAAAUGGACAGGCGCAAAGGGGACAGGACAUUACCUCUCAGAACCCCUACUAUGGCUGGAGGGUUAUUUUCUAUUGACCGGACAUAUUUUGAAGAAAUAGGAACAUAUGAUCCAGGGAUGGACAUUUGGGGUGGAGAGAACUUGGAGAUGUCUUUCAGGAUCUGGCAGUGUGGCGGCUCGCUGGAGAUUAUAACAUGUUCCCACGUGGGUCAUGUGUUCCGGAAGGCCACCCCAUACAGCUUCCCUGGGGGAACGGGCCAAGUCAUCAACAAGAACAACAGGCGAUUGGCUGAGGUGUGGAUGGACGGCUUCAAAGACUUCUUCUACAUCAUAUCACCAGGUGUGGCCCGGGUGGACUAUGGAGAUGUGUCCUCUCGUAAGACCCUGCGUGAAGCUCUGCAGUGUAAACCCUUCUCCUGGUACCUGGAGAACGUCUACCCCGACUCUCAGAUCCCCAGGAGAUACUACUCACUUGGUGAAAUCAGAAAUGUUGAAACGAACCAGUGUGUGGACAACAUGGGUAGAAAGGAAAACGAGAAAGUUGGCUUCUUCAACUGCCAUGGCAUGGGUGGGAAUCAGGUGUUCUCGUACACGGCUGAUAAGGAGAUCCGGACAGAUGACCUGUGUCUGGACGUGUCUCGUCCCCAUGGCCCUGUGGUCAUGCUGAAGUGUCAUCAAAUGAAGGGGAAUCAGAUGUUUGAGUAUGACGCAGAGCGGCUGACCCUGCUGCACGUCAAUAGUAACCAGUGUCUGGACAUGCCUACUGAGGAGGACAAGAUGGUGCCCACCCUGAGAGACUGCACAGGCAGCCGCUCCCAGCAGUGGUUCCUCCGCAACAUGACACUGACGCUCUGAUCUGAUCAGAAGCAGGACCUCCACCUUCACUCACCACCACCCUGGCCAGUUUUGCCCCCACCUGAACCGCCGUCCACUUCGCUCCGCUGGUCACUACCUUGCCUUGCUCCACCAGGUAUCUUUUAUCAUGCACACGCUCCUGCCUCCUUCAGCACUCGCAGGUGGGGAAGAAGCAGGCAGGUAGCAGCCUGUCGUUUUUUAAAAAUCCUGGGGCUUUGGAGGCUCGGUGAGGGCUUUAUCUGAGAUGCUGCUCCUCUCAUUCAAUCAAUAUUACACACAGUGGCUGCCUAGAGGCAGAUGUGCACACUCUGUAUGGUUGAAUCAUAUGAACGGGUCUGAAGUGACGGUGACAUAUGGACGAAGCUGGAAUCAGAGUGACUAUCACACUAACGAUACUGUAUAUGUCCGAUGGCUCUCAGGACUGGUCAUGUGUGAGUUCAGAGUUCUGCCUUUUGUACAGCAGCAGCACCAAUAGCAGGACACCAUUUCCUAGACAGAGUAUUGUAAUGUGCGUCUGUGGGGUCUCACAGACUAUGUACUCUGGCUCUGUACAUAGGUGUGUGUUUAAAGUGCAACCCUGAAAGGAGAUGAUUCUGUUCUAUGACAUUGUACACCCCAAAUUCAUAUCUAUUUUGGAGUCACAUGUACAUCUGAGGGUGAAGGGUAAGGGUUGGUGUUGUUGAUGGGUACAUAUCAAGAGGCUGAAAAAACUCUAAACAUUGGAGGUGAUAUAGAACUCAUGCAUGGAGGCAUAUAGCUGUGAAAUCUAAUUUAUUGUUAUCCAAUUUGCAUUACAAAUGUAAUUUAGGCAGCUUUUUGCUUCCAUGCUCAUGGCAUAAAGGUUUGCACUGUCCCUUUGUAUUACAGGAAACAGAUACGUCAUGUCAUAACACUGUUACUGUUUCAAAACAUAAUUGUAUAUCUGAGGCCAAAGUUACUUUGAUUGAUACAGUAUGCCUUAAGAGAGUAGUCAGUUAUUGAAUCGGUCAAGGAAUUGAGAGGAAGGAAAAAGCUUGACGAGCUUUGCCUCCAACUCAAGUGGAGUAGUUAUCACAGAAUGCAGUUAUUUGUGAAAAUAGUUUUUCCAAAAUGUUUCUACUGCACUGUAGCACAGUCUGCUCCCCAAACAUUGGAUUAUGUAUGUAUCUUUUAUUUAGGAUACAUUUGUCUAUUUUAAGGUUUCCUUAUUCAACUUAUACAUUAUAUCCAUCACUUUUAUUAUAAUAGUUUACUCAUAGCCUCCCGAGUGGCGCAGCGGUUUAAGGCACUACAGACCCUGGUUCGGUCCCAGGCUGUGUCACAGCCG